AUGGCCGAUUAUUUCCACAAUUAUCAUCUCCGCAGACCCUUCUAUGCCCAUCUCACACAGUUGCAUAAAGGUAAUGGUGCCGGUGACUGGCAUCGAUGGUUAGUCGCCGCUGCUACACGCGAGGACAUGAAAACAUUUUUUAGAGGAUUACAGAAGUAUGCCCAAACUUGCAACGCAAAAAUAACCGACGUGGAACCCAUCAAUCUGGCGUGGUGGACUUUCCAAGCUAGGGAAGGCUAUGAUGUAAGGGAGCUUGUUCGUCAAAUCUACCGGCUCAACCCAUCUUGGUACAACAACAUCGAGGAACUGAACUCUAGUCGCGGUAAAAUCAACGUGACAAUUUUGAGCGAUGCGGGGGGAAGAGACUGGCCGAUACUUCCUCCCCAGGACGUUUGUCUUGAUUGCUAA